CUGCCACCGAACCGGGGGGCGGGUGGGGGUCGCGGGCGAGCGCUAAGAUGGCCGCUCCGGCCGGGGCUGUUUUCAGAUGCUUCAAGUGUUGUGAACAGAGACUUGUUUGGAUUAUGUGUUUCUCAGCAAGACUAAAUAAAUGUUAACAAUGGAUAAGUGCAAACACAUUGGUCAGUUGCGGCUUGCUCAAGACCAUUCCAUCCUCAACCCUCAGAAAUGGCAUUGUGUGGACUGCAAUACAACUGAGUCGAUUUGGGCUUGCCUUAGCUGUUCCCAUGUUGCCUGUGGAAGAUAUAUUCAAGAACAUGCACUCAGGCACUUUCAAGAAAGCAGUCAUCCUGUUGCAUUGGAGGUGAAUGAGAUGUAUGUUUUUUGUUACUUUUGUGAUGAUUAUGUUCUUAAUGAUAACGCAACUGGAGACCUGAAGUUACUACGAAGUACGUUAAGUGCGCUCAAGAGUCAGAAUUAUCACUGCCCCACUGGGAGCGGAAGGGUCUUACGGUCUGCGGGUACACGCGAUGACUCUUAUUUCUUACAUGAUGGCGCCCAAUCUCUGCUUGAGAAUGAAGAUCAGAUGUCUACUGCUGUCUGGCACCGGAGAAGGAUACUAAUGGGUAAAAUCUUUCGAACUUGGUUUGAACUAUCACCCAUUGGAAGAAAAAGGCAAGAAGAACAAUUUCAGGAAAAAAUAGCAGCAAAAAGAGAAGUGAAGAAACGACGGGAAGAAUUAGAGUAUGAAGUUAAAGCAGAAUUGGAAAGUAUGCCUCCAAGAAAGAGUCUACGUUUGCAAGGUCUAGCCCAGUCCACCACACUAGGAAUAGUUCCUGUUCAAGUACCGCUACCAACCCCAGCCUCACCAGCAAAAGAUAAAGUAUUAUCUACCUCAGAAGAUGUAAGAUUAAGAAAAGCCAGUGACUUCUCAGUUAAACGAACACUAGUAGUAACUCCUGGUGUAACGGGAUUGAGAAAUUUGGGAAAUACUUGCUACAUGAAUUCUGUUCUUCAGGUGUUGAGUCAUUUACUUAUUUUUCGACAAUGUUUUUUAAAACUUGAUCUGAACCGAUGGCUGGCCGUGACAGCUAGUGAUAAGACAAGAUCAUCUUAUAAGCGUCUACCAGUCACCGAUACAGUAUAUCAAAUGAACGAAUACCAAGAAAAAGAUACAGGAUCUUUUCGCUCCAGACGUCCAAGUUUAUCAUUAGGACUAAGUGGUGGAGCAUCAAAGAGUAGAAAGAUGGAACUUAUUCAGCUGAGGGAGCCAAGUUCACAAUGCAUUUCUCUCUGUCAUGAAUUGCAUACUUUGUUCCAGGUCAUGUGGUCUGGAAAGUGGGCCUUGGUCUCACCAUUUGCCAUGCUACACUCAGUGUGGAGACUAAUUCCUGCUUUUCGUGGUUAUGCUCAACAAGAUGCUCAGGAAUUUCUUUGUGAACUUUUGGAUAAAAUACAACAUGAACUAGAGACUACUGGUACCAGUUUACCAGCUCUUAUCCCCACUUCUCAAAGGAAAGCUAUCAAACAGGUUCUGAAUGUUGUGAAUAACAUUUUUCAUGGACAACUUCUUAGUCAGGUUACAUGUCUGGCGUGUGACAACAAAUCAAAUACCAUAGAACCUUUCUGGGACUUGUCACUGGAAUUUCCAGAAAGAUACCAGUACAGUGGAAAAGAUACUGCUGCCCAGCCAUGUCUGGUGACUGAAAUGUUGGCCAAAUUCACAGAAACUGAAGCUUUAGAAGGAAAAAUCUACAUAUGUGACCAGUGUAACUCAAAGCGUAGAAGGUUUUCCUCAAAACCAGUUGUCCUCACAGAAGCCCAAAAGCAGCUUAUGAUUUGCCACCUGCCUCAGGUGCUCAGACUACAUCUCAAACGAUUCAGGUGGUCAGGACUUAACAACCGAGAGAAGAUUGGCGUUCAUGUUGGCUUUGAAGAAAUCUUAAACAUGGAGCCCUAUUGCUGCAGGGACUCCCUGAAAUCCCUCAGCCCAGAAUGCUUUAUCUAUGACUUAUCUGCUGUGGUAAUGCACCAUGGGAAAGGAUUCGGCUCAGGACACUACACUGCCUACUGCUACAACUCUGAAGGAGGGUUUUGGGUACACUGCAAUGAUUCCAAGCUAAGCAUGUGCACUAUGGACGAAGUCUGCAAGGCCCAGGCUUAUAUCUUGUUUUACACCCAGCGAGUCACUGAGAACGGGCGUCCUAAACUCCUGCCUCCAGAACUCCUGUCUGGUAGCCAGCAUCCCAGUGAAGAAGCUGAUCCCUCUUCUAAUGAAAUCUUUAGCUGAUCCAAAGACAGUGGGGCUUUCUUCAUUCCAUCUGUAUAUAUACUUUUUAAAAGGGCUGAUUUACAGUUUUGAACUUCAUUGUUUUUAUUUUUUACUUAUGAAUCAGUGCACACUGUUUUUAUACAUUUGUAUCUAACUACAACAAAACUUUUUAGAGACAGUUAGCAGAAAUACUUGUUUAUGUAUGACAGCCGGAAACCAAACCUUUUUCAAGUACUUGGGAGUACUUUUAGAGUUUACCUCAGUCUGGUGUUACCUCUUUUAUACUUUAGUGUCUUAAUUGGCUCAGAUCAUGAAUUUGUGCAAUCUUCUACUGAAGAAGUUCAGGUGGCAUCAUUUUAUACAUUUCUUAUCUUUUGUAGCUAUUUUCUAUACAAAUUCUUAUUAGAUAGAAAAUUAGACACUUUCUUCACUAAU